AGAUCGAACGAUCGUUGGGCCCGCGUGAAUCCACCUUUGAAGUUGAAAUAUGCAUCGUGUGACCACGUGCGUUAUCCGGCGUCAUUAAUGGCGGCGGUUUUGCAGCGGAAGGAUCGUUCCGUGUGGGGACAACGACCAACGGCAAUAUUCCUGAGUCCGGUGGUCCAAGUCGAGUAGAGAUAUCGGUGGUGUGCGUAUGUGUAUACGUAUGUAAUCGGUGACUGAAAUUCUCUACGUGGCACGUCGGUAAUGCCCCUUUGUCCGCGAGCACCCGUAGCGGGAUGCCCGUUUCUAAGCAGGGAAUUCCGAUAAGGGUGUAUAAAAUUCGAAGCGGCGAUUCGUGUCAUUCAUUAUAAAGUUUCGCUGCCUUCGGUCGAAUCGCAUCUACAAACGGGUGCCAAUCGUGUACGCUCUGCAAUCAUUUAAAACAAAUUGGCAACAGUGCGUUUGAUUUUGUAUACGAAAUUUCAUUUACAUUCAUUUUUAACAAUCCAGAAGCAUGACGACGUUCAUACUUGGCGACCGCAGGUUCAAAGAUGAUACGGUUUUCAACAGAAUUAACGAGAAGGUAGUCUCUAUGAAACCAGAGAAGAUCACGGAGUACAAGGCUCAUCUGAAAACGGUGUUGGACAUGUUGAUAGAGAGAUUGAAACAACAGGAUAAUUUGUUCAACUCCGUUUAUCGACGGGUGGAGUAUACCGGCAGUUUUUACGAAGGUCUCAAAGUCGGGAGCCCGGAAGAAUUUGAUUUGAACGUCAUAAUACACAUGCCGAUAAACUACGAACAAUUAAUACCCGUUAACGCCCCCAAAAGACCAGGAUACAUAAAAAUAAAACCAAAUACGGAUGUGCUUUCAAAUUUAACGAAACACGUCAGAUAUACGACCGAGUACAGGGGUAUCGAAAACUGGUUUGACGGCAGUGGAUUUCUUAAUUCUGAUAAGUUUCGACAAUGGUUUGAGUCGGUUGUAACUAGAGCAUUCCCUCAAUCCGAGUACGUUGAUAAGAAAUAUAUAUUGAGAUCGGAUAAAUAUCAGUACGAAGCAAGCAUUCGUAAAAGCGGACCUGCAUUUACUUACAGAAUAAUUCUGCCAGAUGGGAAGCCAGUUGACGUUGACAUAGUGCCAGCGUUAGAAUUUCAAACUCCACCUCCUCAACCUUUUCUGUGUCGCAAAACCCAGAAAAAACAUUGGUUCGCUAUUUCAAAACCUUUGGAAGGAUUGGACAGCCAUUUAUCGUGGAGACCAAGUUUUUGGUCGAUGGAACAGGAAUGGUUGACAGACGAUAUAAGAGGUCGUGUGAAACCAGUUAUCAGACAGAUGAAGAAACUACGUGACACGCAAAAUAUGAAGAGCAUUGCCAGUUAUUUCAUAAAAACACUGUUUCUUCACGAACUAGAAAUACAGUUUGGCCCAGUUGGCAGCAAGAUUUAUAGGAACCCAGAGUUCCAAUGCUACAGUUUAACGUCUGUAUUCGUUUAUAUGCUGAAAAAGUUGUACGUGGCUUGUAAAGAAGGCAAAUUAUACGACUUUUGGAAUCCACAGUUCAAUCAUUUUUCCAAAAUAAGUGAAAUCGAACUGGAAAAUAUAGCCAACAGAUUGAACAAUAUUAUCAAAAAAAUCAACACACACAUAGAUACGGACAAAUAUAUCAUUGCGAGCUACAUUUUGAACUCUGAAGAACUUCAAUUGGUCAAGCUGCCAGAGUUAUCGAACCGCAGCGUUGUACCCUCGAGAUUGUGUGCAAGACCGAUAGCACAAUCAGCUGACUGGACGAUCUCACGUCCACUUGCAGAACCACCGGCUCAAUUGACAACCGAUGCUCAGGAAGAAUCUAACUUUUGGUUCAACGUUGCGAUGGGUACAGGCGCAGUAUUAGUUGCUGCUGGCGCUAUUGGCCAUUUGAUUCAUCGUAAUGCCAACAGAAAUGAUUAAUGAUAUUAGGAAUUGAAAAGUCGAAAUUCCUAAUGCAACGCACUCCAUUAUUUGGCUACUCAGAUGAAAGAGCAGUGGAUUUUUUACCCUUUGGAGUACGAUGUAUUUUGAAACUACUUAUCAUACGAUAUAAUUUUGCUAUCGCGUGAUUGAGUAAUAAGUAAUUAAAAAAAUGACAAUAUCUCUAAGGAUAUCUUUAUAAAUAUCUACCAUGUAGUGUAGGAAAUAAUGUAAAACUACAUGAUACGCUUUGUCACAUCAUUAGUAAAAUGUCUCUUGAACCAAUUGCGAAUCAUGUUUGUAAUAAUUCUGACGAAUAAAACUAUUGAAUGAACAUCGAA